AUGAAGAAGCGAUCGCUCGCGGAGGCGUUCCAGGCGAGCCUGGCCGACGAGGCGAGUGGCGCUGCCGCGGCGCAGCACGAGUCGGACGAGGAGGACUACAUGUCGGACGCCAUGCUUGCGAUGCUUGAGCGCCGCGAUGCGCCGCGCCUGCAGACGUACUCGGAGCGGCGCGCGCAGCAGCAGCGCGAGGAGGCCGAGCGGCAGCGCGCCGAGAUGCAGGACGCCGAGCUGCGGCGCAGCGCCAAGGCGGGGCGCCCACUCGCAGGCGAGUGGGCCGCGCGGAGCGAGGGCCUAGCGACGGAUCGGCUCGCCGAGGCGGCCGAUCGCGCGGACCGUGCGCAGCCGCUGGGGGCCGGCACGGAGGCGGCGCUGCGCAUGAUGAAGGCGAUGGGGUACGUGCCUGGGCAGGCUCUAGGCGCGCCGGAAGCGCUGGACGCGCCGCUCGCGCCCGACCAGCGGUGGCUCAGUGCGGACGGGCGCCGCAAGAAGCUCGGGAUUGGGCACGCCGAUCUCUCGCGGCGCAUUGCGCGGGCGGCCGAGGCGCCGCGGAGCGCGAGCCCCGCGUCGGACGUCGCAGCGUUCCGCCAGCGGCAGGCCGAGGCGGCGCAGCGGCGGCACAACGAAGGACUGCUGCGGGCAGCACGCAAGGCGUGCCGGGAAUGCGACGAGGCGCAUGGCUGGGAGAGUGUGCUGGCCGGCGAGAACGAGCGCGGCCACGACGAUGCCGAGGCGCUAUGGCUGUACGCGCUCCGGGACGAGGGACCGCCGCGCGCGGCGCCGGCGCCCCGCGAGCGUCGCGUGGAUGCGGAGCGGUUCGGGGCGCUCCCUCUCGCGGCGCGCCUGGCGCUCACCGUGGCGUAUCUGCGCGAGGCCUACUACUAUUGCGUAUACUGCGGACACCAAUACGCCUCGGAGUCCGAGCUGCAGCGCUCGUGUCCUGGGCCGAGCGAGGACGAGCACGGGUAG